GCGGCGCGGCGCUGACAGCUGAGUCGGCUCGCGGCCUCCCGCCCCCUCGGUGCCCGGCCCCGACCUAGGCCUGGCCUGCCCGGGAGCCAUGAGCCCCGGGCUGCUGCUGCUGCUCGGCAGCGCCGUCCUGGUUGCCUUCGGCCUCUUCUGCACCUUCGUGCACCGCGCUCGCAGCCGCUACGAGCACAUCCCCGGGCCGCCGAGGCCCAGUUUCCUUCUAGGACACCUUCCCUACUUUUGGAAAAAGGAUGAGGUUUGUGGCCGCAUGCUCCAAGAUGUGUUUUUGGAUUGGGCUAAGAAGUACGGACCCGUCGUGCGGGUCAACGUCUUCCACAAAACCUCAGUCAUCGUCACGAGCCCCGAGUCGGUCAAGAAGUUCCUGAUGUCAACCAAGUACAACAAGGACUCCAAGAUGUACCACGCAAUCCAGACCGUGUUUGGCGAGAGACUGUUUGGCCAAGGUUUGGUGUCAGAAUGUGACUAUGAGCGCUGGCACAAGCAACGCAGGGUCAUGGACUUAGCCUUCAGCCGCAGCUCCCUGGUCAGCUUGAUGGAAACGUUCAACGAGAAGGCGGAGCAGCUGGUGGAGAUUCUGGAGGCCAAGGCAGAUGGACAGACCCCGGUGUCCAUGCAGGACAUGCUGACCUGCACCACCAUGGACAUCCUGGCCAAGGCAGCUUUUGGGAUGGAGACAGGCAUGCUGCUGGGCGCCCAGAAGCCUCUGUCCCGGAAGGUGAAACUGAUCCUGGAGGGCAUCACUGCAUCUCGAAACACUCUGGCGAAGUUCAUGCCAGGGAAGUGGAAGAAACUCCGAGAGAUCCGGGAAAGCGUUCGCUUCCUGCGCCAGGUUGGCAAGGACUGGGUCCAGCGCCGCCGGGAGGCCCUGAAGCGGGGGGAGGACGUCCCCGCCGACAUCCUCACACAGAUCCUCAAAGCUGAAGAGGGGGCCCAGGACGAUGAGAUCCUGCUGGACAACUUCGUCACCUUCUUCAUUGCUGGCCACGAGACCUCUGCCAAUCAUCUGGCAUUCACGGUGAUGGAGCUGUCUCGCCAGCCUGAGAUCUUGGCAAGGCUGCAGGCCGAGGUGGACGAGGUCAUCGGUUCUAAGAGGCACCUUGACUGUGACGACCUGGGGAGGCUGCAGUAUCUGUCCCAGGUUCUCAAAGAGUCGCUGAGGCUGUACCCGCCAGCGUGGGGCACCUUUCGCCUGCUGGAGGAGGAGACCUUGAUCGACGGGGUCCGAGUCCCCGGCAACACCCCGCUCCUGUUCAGCACCUACGUCAUGGGGCGUAUGGACACAUACUUUGAGGACCCACUGACUUUCAACCCCGAUCGCUUCAGCCCCAAAGCACCGAAGCCGAGGUUCACCUACUUCCCCUUCUCUCUGGGCCCCCGCUCCUGCAUCGGACAGCAGUUUGCUCAGAUGGAGGUGAAGGUGGUCAUGGCCAAGCUGCUGCAGAGGCUCGAGUUCCGGCUGGUGCCUGGACAGCGAUACGGGCUGCAGGAGCAGGCCACGCUCAAGCCGCUCGACCCUGUGCUGUGCACUCUGCGGCCCCGGGGCUGGCAGCCCGCACCCCCGCCACCCUGCUGAGCGGGCCUGGGGUGGAUGGGACUCCUCUGGCAAGGGCCGCACCCACACUCCUCUGCAACCCCGCUGCCAUCCACCCUGUUCCCCUGCCCCCUUCCUCAGGGGCACCCUCCACGCUGGCUCCCAGCGGGCCCCC